AUGGAGGAACUAGCUAAAAUUAGACGUAAAAUUAAAAAAUUUAGUUUUGAUAACAAUAAUGGGUAUUCUCGAUUACUGAUUCAGCUCUUUGGUUUGGCUGGUAAUGGAAAAUCCUCCUUUAUCAACACCUGCAAAUACGUCUGGGACGAUGGAGUAUUUAUCAAUCAUACUGAAGCAUGGAGUGAUAACUAUGAUAAAGAUGGAGGAUGCACCAUGGAGAGAAUAUCCUACCCACUCACAAAGACCAUCACGCUGGUGGAUAACCGUGGCUGUAAGACAAUGGACAGUUACGAGACUGGAGAACUCUACGCUCAGCUCGGUAAGUAAAUGGGGUGGUAAAACGUUUCUGCUGAUAAAGGUUAUUAAAUGCCUGAAUCAUGCAGGCAGGACUAGAGUUUCAUUAUUCCUUUAUGUACUGACACAAUAUAAAUAAUUAUAUUGUUCUCUACUUUAAUAUCUGAAAUAAUUUACGUAACCUUCAUCAUUUUUAUUAAUACAAUUCCAUUAAAUGUUACAUAUACAUAGGGCUUCAGAAAAAAAAAAUCUUGGCUAUUGUUGGAAAGAGAAAGAAAAUGCAAAAAAAACAACUAGUGGCCUAUGAAGUAACAUAUGUACAACAUUACAAUAAUGAAGGUAGUUUAAAUGUCAAUUUUCCUCCCACCGGGACAUAUAGAAUCUCUUUUCAUCACCCGAUGAUUAUAUUCUAUUAAAUCACAGGUAGACAAACCUACCAAACAAAAUGACUUGAAAUAGCUAUUUAUUUAAAAAUAAAUUAGAAAAAGUUAAAAUUUAGCAGGUAAUCCAAACGUAAUCAAUUAAUAGGAAUAGGAUCAUGAUAUAAAUCAAUAGAACGUCACUCAACAUUUAGUACUUUGCACCCAAAAUAGCACCCAUUCUGUCUUGAUAAAUCUGCAUCUAGUCUUUAUUUUUUAUCAGAAUACUUUUGCAUUAAUAAUGUUAAAUGACUUCAGUAUGUGUAUCCGUAAAUUGAUCACAUUUAAUCUAUCGAUAAUCCACAUGCGCAAUGUUUUGGGACGACGUAAGAAACGGUUAGUGAAAAGCCAGGUACACAUCUUAAUAUCUGUAUUUAUUGAGAUACUCAGGAAAAAAAGCAAGUUGAUUUCCAUAGUUAAAAUAUUGAACAUUUUAUGGAAACAGUUAUAGUGAACUGAUAAAUCAUUCGAACAUUAAAGAAUGAGUUCAAAUAUCGAUUUCCACAUAAUUGUAUGGAAUUAACCUGCUUUCUAUAAUUCAUUUUUUAUUCAGCUAAUUUAUUACCCCUGGAUAAGUCGGUGACGUGGAGCAAAGAUUAUCAGCUGGUGGAGAAAAUAAACAGGUCGGAAGGUUAUGUACAAAUCUCUGAUUUUAUUUUUCCAGCAUUUGUGUACAGGUAAGAGAAAUGCUAUGCCCCCUGUCCUUAUUCUACGACUAACUGUGUAUACAAGUCAAAGAUCAAUAACUAACAGAUAUCCUCAUCAAUUACAAGAAAGAGAAGGAACGUGAAUAGCAAACUACAGGGCGCUUGUUUCCUUGAAUCAGUGUGUGAUAAACACUAAAAGGGCUAGACUGGAAACGGAGGGGCACAUUUGUUUAUAUUACUGUUUAUACGAGUUCUUGUUUGUCAUGUAUAGUGUCAUGAUAAAGGAUUUCUCCCCUUCCUGACUUCCUCUGUGUUUACAUAUUUUAUAUCAAAUGGUUUCUCAUCUUCAUACAAAAUACAGCAGAACAAAUAGAACCUGAUUAGACAAAAAUAUAUUUUUUAAAACAAUAAUUAAGGAAUGCUUAAAGGGACACAGUACAACAGGGGUGCCCAAUAGGUAGAUCCCUAGAUGUUUUAAAACUACAAAUUCCAUGAUGCUUUGUCAUUCUAAAAGCAUGCAAAGCAUCCAGGGAGUUGUAGUUCUACAACAUCUGGGGAUCUACCUAUUGGGCACCCCUGAUAUACAGAGCAAAAAACAACAAAAACCAAGGUGCAUGAGAAUACUGUGAAUGGACAACAGCUGAAAUAGCCUGCCCUUCGGUGGGUCCCCGCUAAGAUCUCAAGCUGGUUUUAGCUUGGUAUAGCACCUCUGCUACACAGCUUUACUUAUUAUACUAAACAACUUUAUCUUAAUGAAGUAGCUUUGCUGUAUAGAUCAUGCUCCGAGUCCCGUAGUCUCACAGCUCAGUUCUCUGCCAUUUAGGAGUUAAAUCACUAUUGUUUCUGUUUAUGCAGCCCUAGUCACACCUCCCAUGGCUGCCUGCAUACUUCAAAAUGAAAUUCUAAAUUAAACACACUGAGCAAGAAAGGGAAGAUAAAAAAAAUGAUUUAAGUAUACCAGGAAGCUGUGUUAGUCCCAGCAAAAUCUAAGAUCUGUCCCAUUUGUUGGAUGAAUGACAUAAUGACUGAAUAAUUGUGUAGCUCCUUGCUUAAAAUACCCAUUGUUAUAUCAUCUUAAUAAAGUAAUUGGGCCUUUUAGUUUGAUCCCUGCAAAGCAUAGCAUUACAAGUUUGUAAAAACAGUAAUGUUUACAAUUCAGCGUUAAACACACCUCUACUGUGGGUAUUAUUGACAGUCACGAGAAGCACUUACCCAGUGUCAGACUUGGUUCUCAAUUAAAUGGUGCUCCUAAUGACUGACCCCAGUGCUUACCUAUCGGACCAGGGCACAUGGGGAGUAAAGGAUAGUAAAAUUCAGCUUUUACACCAUAGUAGGGAGUGGAUACCAAAAGAGGUAGACUAAAUCUAUAACUUGAUAAUAAUGACAACCUAUACAGACUAAAUUAUCACUUUCUGCCUUACGUGUAUCCCCACAGUGCUAACCACAGCAAACCACAUUCAUAAUUCAAUAGAUGGUAAUAAAGGAAGGUGGUAAGGAAAGUUAAUAUGUGCAUAUAAUGAUACACUGUAUUUACAGAUGUACCCCAUGUUACCAAAGAAAUAGUUUAAUGCUGGUUAAUGAAAAAGAUAUCUAUAAUUUGUAAAACGUAUCUUGCAAAUGAAACCACUGUUUAUUAAUUAAUCAUUGUUAAACCUCAUAUAUAAGAGAGCGAAUAUCAUAGCAUAGCACAAUUUAUUUCAAAUUACAGAAAUACAAGAUGAAAAAAGGUUUACACUAUAAAAAGUGGGAUACUGCAAAGGUUUUAAACCUACAAAAAUUAUCCACUCGUUACCACGAUCACUUGCUAUGCACUAUGGGGUACUGAGUUGGCCAAGCAUCGCCAAAAUAUAACUAAAUGUAUAACUUUUUUGAUAUGCGUUUUUCUGGAAUUUUUUUGUUUUGUUUUUCUGUCUCUUAAUGUUAAAACACUUACCAUUAAAAUUCUAGACUGAUCAUUUCUUUGUCAGUGGGCAAACGGUCAAAAUCACCAGGGGAUCAAAUGCUUUUUUUCCCUUCACUGUAGUAGGGAUAUCAAGAGAAGGGUGGUAGGAAUCAGAACCAAGGUCGUGAACUGGUUAUCAGACAGCAAACAGGUCACUAUGGAAAAACAGCAACUGAGGAGGAAAAGCAAAAAGAGUUCAGAAACACAGCAGACCAGCUGGAGACUCAAUAAUUAAGCAUUGCUUAGUUGGAGGUCUGGGUUUAAAUAGACCGUUGAUGGGUGGAUACUCAGUAGAUCAGUCCUGACUAUGGAGAGAUUCUGACACUAUCAGUCCAUGUUCUGAGAAGCAGGACAAUGAUCUAAAACAGAAAUCAGCUCACUCACAGAUCGUGUGUGUGUGUGUGUGUAUAUAUAGAAUGUAUGUCAUCAUAAAAAUUAUCUUGCGUGAGCAAGAUAUAUAAAUAAUAUAUAAAUAAUAUUAAUAAAGUGGUUGAUUUAUAUUUCCAGGUAAGAGCCCAAUGAAUGAUCCCUAGUCUAUCCUUCACCUCACUGCCAGCAGGGUGAUGGGCAAUUAAGGCCUUUUCCUAUUUGCCCCGGGGCCCAAGAGAUUCCCACUAUGCUAGGCCCAUUGACUAAGUGGGCAUUUCCUCGGCACCUUUAUAAAAUAUCUAUGGUCUUUGCGAGGUGCAGGAGUAGCCUACUUAGAUAUAUGGGACAAUUUCAGAGCUCUUUGGGGGUCAUAUAUAGGAAUAAUAAAUGGUCCAGGAGACUGGGCAUCCCCUGGGUCCUCUCAGGGAGAUACAUGUUUUAAAAAGGAGCCAGGAGACUAGGUAUCUCCUGGAAGCUUCAGAGGCCAGGACUGUUAUAAAUAAAGUGCCCCAAUAGCCCUAAAGUGGCCCUAUUGAGCCCCUUUGGCAGGCCAUAGAUUUUAUAUAACGCUAAAUUGGGAAUUUGUUGGUAACAAUAUCUCACAAAUGUUAAUAACAGCAGUUUAUGUGUAGUCUGAGUUUGUACAUCUUUAAUGGAUUGUCUGAAAGUGAUGAUUACAUCCUUAUAAUGUGUAUCAUAGUUUAGAUUUAUGGUUAUUUUUUAUCAAGUCCAUUCAAAUUUGACAUUUACUUUUUAACAUAUUAUUUGAUUCUGAGUACUUUUCCCCCCUUAAUACCAGGAUCACUCCUGAGACUGUUUUGAUGUUUAAAUAUAUAUCCUGAUUAAGGGUUCUCUCCUUCACUCCUAGAGCAGGUUUUAAGGAAAUUCUAACCAUUCAUUUAGUAACCUGACAGCUAAGAAGUAGCUCUCUCAUCCACUCACUGAGCCAGCAAGAAAACAUCAACUGUUCUCUAGCAGCAAAAAGUUAGAAGCAAUGAAGUGUUAUUUAUUUUCUAUUCCUUGCUAAAUCCCCUUGUUUUGCAUUUUUUUUUUUUGGUAGUGCAAAAAGGUCCAUUACUCAGGAAGACAAAGAUAUAUUCACGGAAAUCUUUUCAAAGGCAAGAGAUAUAACAGGUAAAUAUUGUAACCUUUUAUCCAAUGUCAUGUUUUGUUAGUUGAUACUGUAAAGCGAUAACACCAUUACCAUGAAGGGUUGUACGUGGUCUGCAACAAUCUCCAGGUAUGUGCCCAAAUAACAUCCACAAUGAUGCCAGGACCCAAGAUUUCCUGGCAGAUGUACUUCCAAACACGCCACUGUUACAAAUGGGUAAUAGUGUGCCUGCUAUUUCCAGAUCACAUGUUAUAAAUCCAGCCCACCUGGUACUAGCGAAUCUUAAAAAGGACAUCCUGAAAGGCUAGGACGUUAAUCUCGUCUCCCUUCUGAUUGUCUCCCAGGAUGUUGUUGAGAAUCGCACUUACGCAUAUGGGGAUAUCGCUGUAGUUCUUUAAUCAAGAGACCCUAGACUCAGCAAGAAGCUGUCGAUCCCAGAUUUUGUUAUCGCUUUUGGUAUCCAUAGGGAUGUUUUGUGUUCGGUUCACCCACAUAAAAGGGAAGAGCUGGACCUGUAUAUGCACAAGUUGGUUGACCUAGGCAACAAAUACAGGAGUACGUCCUUUUAUAACUACCACCAGUCAUUCUCAGAGAGGGCAUCUGCAGCUCUGGCCCAGUACAAUGUCAAUAUGGAUUGGAGCCAAUAGGAAACAGAGCUUUUUUGCAGACACUUUGCUGGGUUAAGGAGCUCAGCUUGUGCAAUUUGCUCUGCACAUUCGGCUAAUUUCUGUCCAGUUUCACCUGACGUCACACCCAGUACAGCAACCCCAAACACCUCAAGGGUUGAUAAACAGGGAAAAGAUAAACUAGGCUGCCCAAUCGUAUACCUUGGGAAGUCACAGAUGUCUAAGAAUUUUAAUGAAGGUCAUAGUGCCUGUCGUCUGUAGCAUGUGUGAUCUCACUGUUUCAGGGCACAUGCGAAAACCAUGUGCCCUAAUAAAAACACAUUAUAAACCUUACUUGACCUUGGUUACUGUUGGUAUGCUAGCUAUCCUACUGUCCAAGAGAAAUGGGAUUAUUUAAAAGUUGCACUGCUGAAGGCAACAGAAAAUUGUAUUAGGCUUGUCAGUAAAAGCAACAAAUUCAACAAACCACUGUGGUACUCUACAGAUGUGGCCAAAAUAGUAAAAAACUAAAAGUUAGCAUUUAGUAAUUAUAGAAAACCCCAGAGUGAGGAAGACAGAGUGAUCUAUAAAAUUAGGCAGAAAGAGGCUAAGCAAGUUAUAAGAGCUUCCAAAUCACACACAGAAGAGAAAAUAGCACAGUCAGUAAAAAAAGGGGACAAAACAUUGUUUAGAUACAUAAAUGAAAAAAGAAAAGUAAAACAAGGAUUAGUUAGAUUAAAAACAAAAGAAGGAAGGUAUGUAGAAGAGGAUAAAGGUCUAGCUGACUGCCUCAAUGAAUAUUUUUGUUCUGUAUUUACAGAUGAAAAUGAAGGAAAGGGACCUCAGUUAGGAAAAAGGACAAAUGAGUCAUUUAUUACAUGUGAGUUUACAGAGGAAGAGGUCCUAUUUCAACUGUCAAAAGUAAAGACAAAUAAGUCAAUGGGACCUGAUGGCAUACACCCAAAGCUAUUAAAAGAGCCUAGUGAUGUACUAGCAAAACCAUUAACAGAUUUAUUUAACCAAUCAUUCUUAACAGGAGUAGUCCCAGAAGAUUGGAAGUUUGCGAAUGUUGUGCCCAUUUACAAGAAAGGUAAUAGGGAGGAGUUGGGCAACUAUAGGCCAGUAAGCCUUACUUCAGUAGUGGGGAAAGUGAUGGAAACCAUGUUAAAUGAUAGGAUUGUUGAACAUCUAAAAUCACAUGGAUUUCAAGAUCAGAGACAACAUGGGUUUACUUCAGGGAGAUCAUGCCAAACUAAUCUUAUUGAUUUUUUUGAUUGGGUAACUAAAAUUAUAGAUCAGGGUGGUGCAGUAGACAUUGCUUACCUAGAUUUCAGUAAGGCCUUUGACACUGUUGCACAUAGAAGGCUUAUCAAUAAACUGCAAUCUUUAAGUUUGGAUUCCAAUAUUGUUGAAUGGGUAAGGCAGUGGCUGAGUAACAGGCAACAGAGGGUUGUAGUUAAUGGAAUAUAUUCGAAGCUUGGACUUGUCACCAGUGGGGUACCUCAGGGAUCUGUACUUGGACCCAUUCUCUUUAAUAUUUUUAUUAGUGAUAUUGCAGAAGGUCUUGAUGGUAAGGUAUGUCUUUUUGCUGAUGAUACUAAGAUAUGUAACAGGGUUGAUGUUCCAGGAGGGAUAAGCCAAAUGGCAAAUGAUUUAGGUAAACUAGAAAAAUGGUCAGAAUUGUGGCAACAGACAUUUAAUGUGGAUAAGUGUAAGAUAAUGCAUCUUGGACGUAAAAACCCAAGGGCAGAGUACAGAAUAUUUGAUAGAGUCUUAACCUCAACAUCUGAGAAAAUGGAUUUAGGGUAAUUAUUUCUGAUGACUUAAAGGUAGGCAGACAAUGUAAUAGAGCAGCAGGAAAUGCUAGUAGAAUGCUUGGUUGUAUAGGGAGAGGUAUUAGCAGUGGAAAGAGGGAAGUGCUCAUGCCAUUGUACAGAACACUGGUGAGACCUCACUUGGAGUAUUGUACACAGUACUGGAGACCGUAUCUCCAGAAGGAUAUUGAUACUUUAAAGUGAGCUCAGAGAAGGGCUACUAAACUGGUUCAUGGAUUGCAGGAUAAAACUUACCAGGAAAGGUUAAAGGAUCUUAACAUGUAUAGCUUGGAGGAAAGACGAGACAGGUGGGAUCUGAUAGAAACAUUUAAAUACAUAAAGGGAAUCAACACAGUUAAGGAGGAGACCAUAUUUAAAAGAAGAAAGACUUCAACAACAAGAGUACAUAGUCUUAAAUAAGAGGGACAAAGGUUUAAAAACAAUAUCAGGAAGUAUUACUUUACUGAGAGGGUAGUGGAUUCAUGGAAUAGCCUUCCAGCUGAAGUUGUAGAGGUUAACAAAGUAAAGGAGUUUAAGCAUGCGUGGGAUAGGCAUAAGGUUAUCCUAACUAUAAGGUAAGGCCAGGGACUAAUGAAAGUAUUUAGAAAAUUGGGCAGACUAGAUGGGCCGAAUAGUUCUUAUCUGCCGUCACAUUCUAUGUUUCUAUGUUUCUGUGUCCACACAUCCUUCAAAACACUUUGUGGAUUUCUUGAUAACUGUUUUUACGCAGGGUUUCCACACAGGCCUUUUCCACAAGCCAACAGGGGUAUUGGAAUGUAACAAUCUUCAGUCAGCCAUGGCCGAUACCAAGGCAGUGGAGGUACUAUUACAGCUAGAGGUUGAGCAAGGGCCUUUCACGCAUCCUUUUUCCAGCUGGAGAACUAAUCCCAUGUCUCCAGGAAAACUCUAGCAAACAAAGACUGAUCAUAGAUCUCUCAGCACCACACUACUCACAGGUCCCAAGUCUAAACUCACUGAUCCUGUAAGAAGAAUUCUCUCUACAGUACACAACAAUUGACAAUGCCAUAAAUGCUAUCUUGACUGCAGGCAUUGGGGCCUGGCUCAGCAAAAUCGACAUUGUCAACGCCUUCAAGUUAUUGCCUAUUCACCUAUCGUUAUGGCACCUGCACGGUAUUAAAUGGAAUAUCCUGUAUUAUUUUUUCACUAGGCUUACCUUCGGGUCGAAGAGUAGUCCUAGAAUUUUUGAUACUUUCUCGGAGACAUUGUGUUGGCUCUUUCUGAAUACGUGUUGAUGCCAUACGGUCAUCCACUAUCUAGAUGUUUUUUUAUUUAUUGAAAGCAUUUCUUCCCCCUUGAGCAGCUUGGAUAAAGCAGUCACGUUAUUAAACACACUAGGGGUACCAGUAUCACCAAAGAAAAAAGAGGGUCCUGACACCUUUAUUAAUUUCUUAGGGAUACACCUGGAUUCGGUAACCAUGAAAGCUAGUGUUCCACAGGAGAAAGUCACUAGCAUCUUCCACGAUAUCAACCAUUACAUGCAUACCAGCUCCUGUAACCCGAAAUGGUAGAGCUUUAAUCUUCAGGCUCCUGAGCCUACUCCCCACAUUCCCUGAUGACCUAAGCCAUAUCUCGCUUAACGCCCAAGCCACUGCGAACCUCCUCAAGUGGCACACAUUUCUCUUUGGCAUGUUUUUCCUGCAGGUUUCCGUACACUCCCUGGUCAUUUGGACAGAUGCAGCUGCUACCACAGGCUUUGCAGCCAUAUUUGGUAACAAAUGACUCUGGGGUAAUUGGCCAGUGGAAGUACAAUAAAUGUAGGGGUUCUACAGGAACUCUGCUCUUUUUAAGGUUUACCCUAUUGUGGCGGCAGCAGUGGCUUGGUGCCAUUUGUGGUCAGGCAAAACAGUUCUGUGCUAUUCAAACAAUCUGGCGAUUUGCCACAUUACUAACAAAGGCCGCUUGUAUUCAUUGAUGAUUAUGAGGUUCAUCAGGAAACUGAUGUGGCUAGAGGCCCGCAACCAGUUUUAUUUGGUGUGCUGCCGUGUCCCAGGAGUUCAACACGGCAGCUGAUCGCUUGUCUCGCUUUCAAUUUCAGGCUUCCCGAAAAUCCUUACCCGCGGCUUCCACGGCUUUAUGUCUGGCCACAUUAGCCCCCUCUUCCAGGACCCAAUCAUGGAUUAGGCAAAUUACUACAACACACCUCCUCCUCUAACACACUUACUGCGUUUUUCCUUAUACAGGAAAUUCAUGACAGAACAUCACCUGCAUAGCAAGUCUGAAAUAACAUCCCUGGUGGCGUUCUCCACUUUUUGCCACCUCAAGUUAAGUUAUCCCACAGCACAAUAAAAUUAUACCUGACAGGCAACCAGCAUCAUAUGUAUUCCACCUUCCCCAACAACUCCAGUUUUCUGUCCUCAUACCCUAUCAGGACCAUACUUAAGAGCAUAUUAAAGGCUAUUAUAUAAAGUCCAACACCACAACAAUGGCUACCCAUCAGCAAACAGUUGUUCAAAGAUAUGUCUGAUCUAAUAGAUUCAGCCCCUUUUGAAACCCCCCAAUCUAAUUCAUAAAAACCGCCAUGUACCUGUUUUUCUACGGCUUCCUGAGGCCACAGGAAUUCACCACCAGUGGACAACAUGAAGCAAAUUAUAUACUUACUCUACCCAUUACCAAAACAAGCCACAUAUCGUAUUAUCCCACAAACAAUAGCUGGUGCCCUGUGAAAGUUUUUGAGUCCUACCUACUCACCAUACCAAAUCCCAGUUCAUAUCAUUAAGUUGCUUGGUCGCUGGAUAUCAGCAGCCUAUACAACAAACAUACCUCAACCGGUACAGGAAAUGCAAAUGUCUUCAUAAUUGUACCUACGUUGAAUUUUGUUCUUUCUCAAUAAAUGUAUUUUGAACAUAUUAUGUCUUCCAUUUUGCCCACUUUUAUUACUGGCCUACAGCAUAUGUCGGUUUUGGCACACCUCAACCGUCUUUUUCUAUCACAAGUUCCUUUCACCAAUGUUACUUCCAUCAUAACCGAUGUAGCCCCCAACAAAAAUGGGAAGGCUUGGCCUGAAGAUGUGGGAGGGGCUUUGAACCUUUAAAAAGCAUUCCCCCCUUCCCUAAUCUACCAUGACUGGUCUGACGAUCUGCUACCCUACCCUCCACUUCCUUUAUUCAACGUACUCUACUAGUGUAAGCCCACUUUUAUUACUGGCCUACUGCAUACGUCGGUUGCGGCACACCUCAACUGACUUUUUCUAUCACAAGUUCUGUUCACCAAUCUUACUUCUAUCAUACCCAAUGUAGCCCCGAACACAAAUAUGUAUAUUUAUUUUUUUACUUUCUUUUAGUAGGUUAUAGGUUUUUCUAUAACCUAGCCGAGGGAACAGCCCCUCUAGUACGGGUGGGGUUAAGAAAGUAAGAAAAGCCAGACAGGUACUCUCCAUCAUUAAGAGAGUAGAUAUGGGAAUCUGACUUUCUGAUCAUCUCAACUGGACAGUUUGCUGUCUCCCGGUGGUUGAAUCCAGCUUGUUGCGGACAGAGUGAAUGGAUUAUUGGGAGGGGUAGGGAUGACUCAGCUGUCAUAGUCCAUGUUGGUACCAAUGACAAAGUCAGAGGAAAAUGGAAGGUCCUAAAGAAUGAGUUCAGGGAAUUAGGAAGUAAACUGAAGAAAAGGACCUACAAGGUAAUUUUUUUAGAGAUUUUACCUGUGCCACACGCUACAGUAGAAAGGCAGCGUGAGAUUAGAGAGGUCAAUGCGUGGCUAAAGUCAUGCUGUAGGAAGGAGAUUUGGGGCUCUUUUUGAACACUGGGAUGAUUUUGCGCUUUGGUACAAUCUUUAUAGCCAUGAUGGAUUGCGCCUAAAUGGGAGAGGGUCUGCAGUGCUUGACGACAAGAUGGCUAGAAGGUUGGAGGAGAUUUUAAACUAGUGGUGGGGGAGGAGAGUCAUAGACAAGUACAAAAUGGAGAUAGGAUAGAAAAAAAGAUGGACUUUUUGAUGGACGCAAGUCUCUUUUCAGCUAUGUAACUAUGUAACUAUGUAAUGAUGUUAGCGCAAUAUAAGGGGAUGGAGAUGGGGGAACGGCAAGCUUAGAACAGCAGAGCUAUAUAAUAGUAAUAAAAAUUCCCAUAAAUUAGUGACCUCUGAUAAUUUUAAAUGUAUGCUUAGUAAUGCAAGAAGCCUAAAUAACAAAAUGGGGGAACUAGAGGCAUUAGCAUACCCUAAACGAUAUGAUAUAAUAGGCAUAACAGAAACAUGAUGGGAUGAGACACAUGACUGGGCAGUUAACUUAAAUGGGUACAUGUUAUUUAGGAAGGAUAGGAAAACCAAGAAGGGUGGUGGGGUAUCUUUGUAUGUCAGCCAUGAGUUAAAGCCAAAUCUUAAGCUAGUGGUAUGUGAUGAGGAAAAUGUGGAAGCUUUAUGGAUAAAUAUCUGCUUCGAGCAAAAGAAGGGAAAUCAGUUAUUGUUUGGUAUAGGUUAUAAACCACCUAAUGUAAAUAUUAAUGAGGAACAACAGCUGUUAGAGCAAAUUGAGAAAGCUGGGUAACACGUUAAUUAUUGGAGAUUUGAAUUACCCGGACAUGAACUGGGACAGAGGGACUAGUAGCUCAGGAAAGUGAAGCAGAUUUUUGACCCUGCUAAAUGACAGAACUGGUAUAAGAAGCAACAAUAAAGGAUGUUUGUCUGGAUCUGGUUAUAACAAGCAAUGUUGAUAUUUUUACCAACAUUCAAGAUGGGGAGAUGUUUGGGAAAUAGUGAUCACAAAAGGGUGUCUUUUGAAAUAAACUCAAGAAAGCAAAACAUCAUUUUAAAAAGGCCAAGAGCAGCUUAACAACACAUCGACUGGCAUAAACUCUUUAGUGAAAAGAACACUGUGGAUAAAUGGAAUAUCUUCAAGCAAAUAUUAGAAAGGUACAUUUCUCAGUAUGUACCAUUGGGUGAUAAAUAUCAAAUUGAAAGCAAUGUGGCUUAGUAGAGAAGUAAAACAAGAGAUUAAAAUUAAGAAAAGGGCAUUUAAAGCAUUUAAAUUGGACAAACAAGAGGCAUCCUAUACAAGAUAUACGGAAGCCUAUAAUUCAUGCAAAAAGGCAAUUAAAGUGGCUAAACUAGAAAAUGAGAAAUUGAUAGCCAAAGAGAGCAAAACCAACCUCCAAAAGAUUUUCAAGUAAAUAUAUUCUAAAAAAAAAAAAAAUUAAAGUAUAGGUAGACUGAAACAGAGAUGGGCAUAUUAGUAAAUGAGGACAUGAAAAAGACAAAAAUUAUAAAUAACUAUUUUUUCUCAGUAUAUAUUAAUGAGGAUCCUCUGGCAAUAGCUAUGCAAAUUAUUGCAGCAAAAAAUGUGCAGAACAUUUUGGAGGUUGGAUGACUCAAGAUAAGGUGCUAUAGCAGCUAAAAGUUAAUGUAAAUAAGGCUCGAGGGCCUGACGGUAUUCACCCAAUAGUACAUAAGUGUGGCGAAACCGGCCUCGCCAUGUGUCCUUGGAGGGGGCUGCUUGCCCGCCUCUUGCCUUUGGACUAUGGACCAGACUUUAUGUGAAUGUGUUAACCCAGAUAGCUAUGCCAUGGAGCCCAUUCAUGUAGUUAAAGACUUCAGGUCCAUGGCAGUUGAACUAUGUGAAUAGGAUCUGAGCGCUAUUCGGUAGUUUUGUGCGCUCAGAUCCCAGCUAUCUGGGGAUAUGUGACACGUCUGUGUUUUAUGUAUAAAAUGUGACUUUGUGUAUUUUAUAAUAUUUUAAUGUUUUGUGCUCACCAUGUGCAUAAUGGAGUCGUGUGUCUGUCCUGGGAGAUAAUUGAAUUACUUAUCUCCAGGAUAGAAGACUCUGAAACUGGUUUGGGCCAGAAAGCCAUGCUUCAUUAAGUCACAAAGGACUUUCCCUUAACUUUUGAACCCCUGGUCUGAUUCGUGCCAUUUUUUAAUAUGUUGUUCCCCUGAAUGGAUUGAUUAUGAAAAUGUAUGUUUUAUGUUUGUGUCAUGUAUAUUUUAGAAGUUAUAAAUAUCGUGUAAAAACUGUAUUCCUCUGCCGGUGAUAAUGAGAUUACCCAUUGUGUUCAGUAAUCAUAUCACAGCCAGAGGGGAGGAUUUUGUGUGGGAGUGUCUGGGUGUAUUGUACGGAUUGAUUGGUUGUUUUGUAACGCCCAGUGGGCUGUACUAUGUUUGUGGAUUGGGAAUAAAAGAGACUGUAUGUGACAGUACAGGGAGUUCCUGUUUUAACCCUCAAAGUGAAGUGUCGUCUCAUUAUUGGGGGAAGGAUUUAUUGUAUGCUGUUCCAGUUUGACUGCUAGGAGAGUAAACCUAUUUGUAUGGUUCCUAUUCAACUGUCUACAGCAUUCAUAUGCUUGGGAGAAUUUAUUUGUUUCUCCGGUUCGGUGAUUGUGGUGUCUGCUGCAGUGUUUGGAGUCCUCAGGAAGCGCUAGGAGCAUCCUUCAACGGAGGUACCCAGUCGGGGUGCCAGGCGAUCCGUUACAAUAAGGAACUAAGUAUGGAAAUAAGAGAACCUUUGUAUUUAAUCUUUCAAGAUUUUUUUGUUGUAGGAAUUGUGCUAGAGGGAUGGAGGAAGGUAGAUGUGGUUCCUAUAUUUAAAAAGGAUUCAGAAUCUUUGCCUGGAAUGUAUAGACCCAUGAGCUUAACUUCUGUGGUUUAAGGAAACACCGGUCAUGUCAAACUAAUUUCAUGAUAUGAAGAAGUAAAUAGAAAUAUAGAUCAGGGUGUUGCAGUGGAUGUGAUUUACUUGGAUUUUGCCAUCCAGGCAAGGCAUUUGAUUUGGUUAAUCACAGGAAGUUAGUGUUCAAACUAAAAGAAAUUGGUCUAGAUGAAAAUUUUUGUUCUUGGAUAUAACAUUGUCUUAAAAAUAGAGCACAGAGAGUCGUCAUUAAUGGUAAAUUUUCAAGCUGGACAAAAGUGGUAAGUGAUAUACUUCAGUGUUCUAUUCUGGGACCGCUUCUGUUUGGGAAUUGUUAUAUACAAACUAGGCAACAAUAUGCAAUGUCAAUCUGUGGCUGCUAAGGCCAGUAAGGUAUUGUCAUGUAUUAUAAUAAUAAUAAUAUUCUCGGGAUAAGAACAUAAUUUUGCCUCUUUUUUAAAUCACUGGUAAGACCACACCUUGAAUAUGCUGUGUAAUAUUGUGCACCUGUUCUAAAGAAGGAUAUCAUGGCACUAGAAAAAGUGAAGAGAUGAGCUACAAAGUGGAUCAAAGGAAUGGAGAAUAUUAGUUAUGAAGAAAGGUUAGCAAAUUUAAAUAUCUUCAGUUUAGAAAAACAGCGUAUCAGAGGGGAUAUGAUAACAUUAUACAAGCCAUUGUUUGGAAAUCUAUUCAUAAACAGGACUAUACAUAGAACAUGAAAUCACACAUUUAGACUGGAAGAAAGGAGAUUUAGUCUAAGGCAAAGGAAAGGGUAUUUUACAUUAGGAACAAUAAGGAUAUGGAAUUCUCUGCCUGAAGAGGUUUUUUUCAGAGUCUAUACAGAUGUUUCAACAACAAUUGGAUAAAUACUUGCAAAAACAUAAUAUAAGGGGGUAUAAUUUCUAAUUAGUGGGGUAAUAGCUUCUUGAUACAAGGAGAUACCUGACUGUCAUUCUGGUGUCAAGAAGGAAAUUUUUCCUAGUUAGUUGUGAAAUUGGAAGCACUUCAGACUGUUUUUUUUCCUUCUUUUGGAUAAACAACAAAAACAAAUGUGAGAAAGGCUGAACUUGACGAACUCAUGUUUCUUUUCAGCUAUGUAACUAUGUAUUUAUAUAACUGCAUAAACUAUGUACAGGAUGGGCAAAUGGUAGAUCUCCAACUGGGAUAGCAUUGUGGAUUUGUACAAAAGAUAGAGAGCUACCUUUUGGCCACCAUUGAGUUAGAGGAGAGGCAAAACAAUUGCUUGUACCAAGGCCCUAUCUACAUUAGUAACUCCACUCUAGUGGUGCUGUAGCUGCAAUUGGUGAAUAGUUAACUUUCAUUGCAGUUACUGGUCCUGUGAUCAUUUCUACAUUUCUAUAUCUGAUAGCACCAGUGUAACUUCAUUUAAUCAUUUCAUUAACCGUUUGCACUUUGCAGCAGUGUUGUGCAAGCACAGUGAUAUUGACUUUGAAAUUAUUUUUUGGACUCAUUAAUUUUUUUAAAUGAACACAUUUUGUAAAAAUAAAAAUGUAUACAAUUUUUUUAUACUUUUUACAUAUUUGCCUUUGUAUAAACUUUGUUCAUUUGUGUACAUACGUAUAGCCACCACGUAUUAUUUUUAUCAAUAUAUUUUAUAUUGGGCAUUUAUGUACAGUGUUUUUUACACAGUUACACAUUCUAUUGCAUUUUCCAUUCUUAUGUUUUCUCCAUUAUAAAUUGAAGACGUAUUAGGUAUUGAACAGUUUGCUUUUUGGGCAGGCAGCCCUCACUUAAAAUGCCUAAUCUUAUGAGUAUUUGUUGUUACAAGCAAAAUCGAAAACAGAAGUGACGCCAAAUACCGCAGACUGGAAACGAAGUUGAAUUCAGCUGACCGGAAAUGACGUCAGACACCACACCGAUCAGCACUAACUCAGAUGUAAUAGAUGAGCAAGUCAAUUUGGCCGGUAUUUAAACAGGGAACAUGCAGGUUUUAUCAGAGAAGUUGAGACAGACUGAAGGCUUGUCGAAAUGUGUCUGAUCUCUAAGGGAGUUUUAAUUUACUUUCACCUAUACUUAUAGGAAUUUUGAUUUUAGUUUGUUUUACAUAUUUGUCAUAGUUUUUUGGAAAUAAAUAAAUUUCAACUGAACCUGGUGCUUCAGAUGCCUCGUUAGAAAUACCUCUACUGGAGACACCUACAAGUGGUUUCCAUUUGCCUAUUUAGGCACCAUUGAGAGCAUUACACAGAGCUUCACAAGGCUCUGCAAUAUGUGAGUGCGACCACUGAUUAUCCUUAUAUCUGGAUGUAGUAGCAGUAUACACUAUGUUUUGUACGUUCUGUUGUUUCAGGCUCUAUAUUUGAAAUCCACAAAAAACAACAGUAUUUCUGUCCAUAAGUAUAUUAUUUAUUUAUUGGUUACACUAUAAGUGUGUAGGUUACUUUGUGAUUUUUAACACUGUGUAUGUUUUUAUGGGUCACAUCUAAGGCAUCGGGAAAACAUCUAUUCACAGCCCUUGUGUAAUUUGUAAAAAUAAGUAUAAGUGUCAUACAUCUGUCAUUAUUAUAUACAUUGUUUUACAUGCCUUAGUGAGAAUAAUAUAUUUUAUCUUCACAGGAAUAUUCCCCAUCGUUGUUCUCACUCAUAAAAUACAUGGAGAUGCUGAUAAGAUGGAACAUAUUUUUAAGAGUCUUGGGGCGGAGCGGAUCUUUGCAUUUGAGAAUUAUACCCCAAAGAAUAAUAUGAAGACACGAGGAAGGGUUGAAGACGUCCUAAUGUUUCUAUAUGAAGUUAUUAAGGAUGUCCAGUUUCGAGUGAUAAAACCUAUAAAUAUACAGAGAGAUCUGAUAAGAAGGAAGGAAAUUGUAUUUAAUUACAUAAUGCAGAGUGAAGACAAACUAGCAGAGGAGAGAGAGAAAGUGAGGGAAGCAAAACAGAGAAUUAUGGAGCAAAAAUGUAAACGAGAAAUUCAACAAAAAAAAGCUAAUAAAGAACCUUCACCCCGACAAGUGGAUGCAGAACAAAAAAGAGAAUCUGUGAGUUAUUAUAUGAGAUUAAACCACUAUGAAAUGGUUGCAACACACAGUGAGGAUAUUAAAAUAGGUCAGAGCACAGAAAACGAUCCCAACGACCUGAAGGAGGAGAAGAGGGAACAAGCAAAAAAGGCUAUUUUAAAUGAGCUUAGAAACCUACAACUAAAAAAAGAAACUUUUGAGAGCGAUGUGCCUAAGGGAAAGCAGAAAAAGAAGGAAAAGAAAUGAAAGGAAGACAAAGAUGAUUGUGCCUUACAAUAAACUUGCUG